AUGCUGAAGUCGUAUGCCACAUAUGCCAAACUUAUGGAUAGUUCAUUAAUUGAAGAUGUCUAUUCUCACAUCGGAAACGCUACGCUAUCAGUGGUGCUCAGUGAUCUUAUCUCUUUCGAUCUUCUGGAAAUUCGCGGUCGAUGGGACCUUCAUGUUCAGCAGAUUAUAUCCUGCCUUUCUACUAAUGUGAAUGAAGUAAGGACUGCUAUCAAGGACCGUUUAUUACCCAAACUGAUAAAAACCAAGCUGCUUAAAGAUGAAUUCCUUCCGCUUGUGUUGGAGAGAAUGAAAAAUUUGCCUCUACAUGCGCACUGUCUUGACUCAAUGUUAUCUAUCACUCGUUUUCUCGUCAUAUCCAACAAAAAAUGCGAUUCAUACAAGUAUUGGAAUGAUUAUAUGUCAUUGAAAACAAUGGAAUCUGCUGUUCUUCACUGCAAUGUACAGGUACGCCUUGCAGCUUGGCUAUUGUUAUCAGAGCAUCCGCAGCGCACUAAAGUCUUGACGGAAGUUGAUUUGAGUCUCAUACGAGCAUUCAUCCUCACAAAUAUGACCGAGCAGUUGCCAGCCAUUCGUCAGAAGAUUCUUGCUGGGUUGAGAAAGAUACUAACUCGGCUUGCGGAAACAAGCGAGCAGGUACUCAAAGGAAAGGAUGAUGACUUGGACAGAGUCAAGCGUUACAACGAAUUCAUCUGCUUUCUAGUGUCGUUGUCGUUUGACUCGUUGUCUUGUGAAGCUAAUUUUGACAGACGAAUAAUGGCUUUAUCAAUUAUCCGUUGUUUAUAUCUUGAAGAAUCUCUGAAGGUACAUGGCAAAGUCCUAUUCCUUGAACAGCUGAAUUUACCAGCUACCCUGAAUUCGAAGAGAUUAUGGCGCUUGAUAUUCUGCAAAACAUGGCAUCGCAAGACUUUGUAA